AUGCUGGCAUUUCUUAUAAAAGAUUCAUGCUUCGGUCUUAUUGCGAUCAUUUUAACUUAUCCGUUUCGAUAUUUUCAGCGACGUACAGGCCGUCGUGCAAAAGGUACUUCGGCUCUAUUCCCAAGUAAGCCUGACACCGAAACUUGUUCCAGCCUUUUUGGCAGCCUUGUUGAUGAUCUCAAUCCUUCUGGCCACCCCAUCCGUCCUGAUCCCACGCCUGAAGAGUUAGAACAGAUUCGUGUGAAUCGCCUUCGAGAACGAGAGAAUAAUCCACAUUACCUGAAGCCAGGGCCAGCCUCCAAAUCAACAACGGAUGAAAUCAAAAUAGGAAAUACCAGAAAAAGCAGCGUGCCUUUGCUUCCCCAGGAUGAUAGUCCUUUACACAAAAUCGAGUCUUCAAAUCUUAGGGCUAAUGCAACAGCACCUAUCUUUUCAGAGCCCCAUAACGAUUUGCCCGGAUUUGCUCAGUCAACCCAAUUGGCUAGUAAAGUGGAACGAGAGAUGAAGCGACUCGACCAACGCCGUCGCAGAGGACAAAAAUCAAACAGUUUUUCAGCUUGGCAUAUGUGCCACAGCUGUUCUUGA